AUGAAUGGCGAGAUUGCCGCGAACCGCCGGAUGGCUGGGGAAGCCAUCCGAAAUGACUCCGCACGCCAAGGCGCCGCUAUCGCCUUUCGACACACUCGAUCCUCGUCCACGGUGGCUGCCCAAUCGUCUGCAGCAACUGCGGCCGCGCUGGCCGGCAGGUCAAAUCGAAAUAAUACCCGUCAACAGCAGGAAGCUGCGCCGGAGGUGGGCUCAGUGAAAGAUAAAAUUGGGAGAUUUGCCGCAAAUUCUCUUGCACCUCCGACUAGCGCUCCCUCACAAACCCGAGGUUCAACACCAUCUAUAUCACCCUCUCCCGAGCACAUAGCCGCUCGUCUUGCUGCCGCAAGAUCUCCUGCGAGGAAACCAGAACCCGCCGUCGAUGCCGCUAGAAUCGGGGCCAUGCGCAGCGCCAGCCGCAUGCAAUCCCAAUCACGAUCACCCGCGCCGGAGCGCGAGCUCAGAUCCCCGACCCCCGUGCGUCCAUACCGUGCCAGAGAAAUUGCCGUGGAACGAAUGCUCCAAGAUGACACCACACUGCCCGCCUCCGACCUAGAUGUAGGGGCUACAAGCUCCCCGUCAGAACAUUCAGCACGCUCGAGAGCUGGCUCCGUACAAUCUAGAGCAAGUAGUGUUAAAGAGCAGACACCCAGCCUCCAACCACCAGUCGUCAAUAGACCACCUACCAUCACUAGAGCAUCCCCCGAACCACCAGACGACCCAAAGCUGAAGCCAAGUGUUCCACCACGGUCUAUAAGGCCAGCUCAAGAUUCGUUGAGAAAGCCGGUCCACGCCGGCAGCCAACUACGAUCUCCAACACCUGGCCUCGCCUCCGUGUCUGGUCGGUCACGAGGCAGCAGCUCAAGUGCAGUCGAUGAGUUCAAUGGAAUCGACGAAGAAGCCCUUUCUAAUGCCAUUGUCGCCUCUUCCCUAGCAUCUGCCCGCGCACCUGCCCGCGCACCGACCGCGACACCGACACCCCCUCCCCCCCCCGCCGCCGACGGGCGCGAUCUCUCUUGCAAUUGGCACCAUCUAUCGGAGAUCUAUCCAGAACGCCAAGCCCGCCAAAGAAAGAAUAUUCUCCACAAACACCCUCAUAAACACCACGAGGGUGACCGGAAACGGUGGAAGCAGGAGGUCACCGAGAAGGAACGCAAGCGCUAUGAAGGCGUUUGGGCCUCGAACAAGGGGUUGCAUAUCCCGCCAGACACGAAUCUGCUCGACGGAGCGGGUAGGGGACCACCUCCUAGCGACAUGGUUUUGAAUCUGGUUGUACGAGAGAUCUGGUCCCGCAGCCGGCUUCCACCCACGGCCCUGGAACAGGUGUGGGACCUCGUGGAUCACCGUCAUGUCGGACUCCUCAGUAAAGAAGAAUUUGUGGUUGGAAUGUGGCUGAUCGACCAGCAGUUGAAAGGCCACAAGCUGCCGGCUAUUGUCCCGGAGAGUAUAUGGAAUAGUGUCAAAUAUGUGACCGGAAUCAAGCUCUCAUCUAUUCGACCGAAGGGCUGA